AUGGUGGGCCGGAGUGCUGCCGGAUUCGUCACACUGGCACUGGUCGUGGUUGGUGUGAUGGGUGUCACCUGCUGGGCGAAGCACAGCUUCCUUCAGCAGUCGUUCGACGAGCUGGUCCUGGAGUGUGCCGAACUGCUGUCAAUCGCACCGUCAAAGAUGACCUCGCUGCGCACCGGUGUGUUGCGGAACGACAACGACACCAAGUGCCUGGUAAGGUGCGUCGGAGUGAGUGGCCGCUUCUGGAACGACUACACCGGUAUGCGGAUGCAUUUGUUAGGCCUCUACUUCAACGCCGCCAGCGGUGACACGGCGAACGUCAAUCGGACACAAGCCUGCCUGGAUAAGCUGCCUAGCCAAGCGCCUCGGAAGGAUUUCUGCGAUCUAGCGUUCGAGUCGUUUCUCUGCUUCUACCACAACUACGGCAACCUGCACCGGCAUCGGGUUUUCGUGCCUCUGGACAACAUGCAGCUGCUGCAUGUCACCGCCCGGUGCAUGGAGGUGCACCGCAUCACGGUCGAGGACCUGAUGAGUCUGACCGAGGACGAACUGGACGAGAACCUGAACGUGCACUGUCUGGUGCGCUGCAUCGGUGUCCAGACCGGGAUCUACUCCGAUCGGUACGGCGUGAACCUGGAUCUGGUCUACACGCAGUACGGUGAGGGGCACGACGAACGGAAGUACAAAGAGGAUGCUCAAGCGUGCCUGAUGCGGCACACCGGAACAAGUUGCAGUCCGUGUCGCAGGGCGUACAAUAUGCUGUACAAAUGUUUCGAAAAUGUGCGCAACGUGAUAACGGAGUUCGAGCUGCCCGACUCCAACGAGGAUUAG